AUGAUCCUCGUCGAACAUCUUGGUCCCCACCAGGAAAACCCCGAUCGUUGCCGCUCUCAGGUUCCCGCCUAUUUUCCCCUGCUCUUUUGGUUGGAGCAGAAUCAGUUGGAUGCCACGGAGGCCUGGCACCUCUUCUGCGUUCAGAAGACAGUGAAUGUCAUCGAGGAGUCCCCGUAUAUCUUCCGGAAUGCUGGAUAUGAUCAUCUUUUGAUCUAUGGCUACGAAUAUCCACACUGGAAGAGGUUGAGGCAUCCCUGGGCGCAGAUGGUGACAGGACUGGAACUGGAAGAUGAUAAACCCAACAGACAUCCCAAUGGUUUGUAUAAACAACUGCACGAAGGUAAAAGCUGUUGGGUUUGGAUGGGUUUGGCACAUUGA